CUCUUUGUAGGUCAAAGGUCGUUCACUUCCUGCAACGCCAAAAUUCAUCUAGUCAAACUAGUUUCUGACCGUCUUGUCCAUCUGUGGCCAGUACUGUCAUAUAACAAGAAGAAAACGGUGACCUCUUCUCCGUGUUAGCAUCUUUGCAUGAGUUUUACUGCCCUUUCCUUCAGAUCAACCUGUGAAAAAUGUCUGGAAGUCCUGCUCUGGUCAUGCGGCUCGUGGCCUCUGCCUACACCGUGGCUGAAAAGGCAGGAGCCAUUGCGAGGAAAGUGCUUCACAGCGGAGAACUUGGCAUUGUGGAAAAGACGGGAGCGAACGAUCUGCAGACACUUGCAGACAGACUGGCGCAGCAGAGCAUCUGCGCUUCACUGUACAGAAAGUUCCCCAAACUCACCAUCAUUGGAGAGGAGGAUCUUCCAGCUGAGGAGGUUCAGGAAGACCUCAUUGAGACUGGCCAAUCAGAGGAAAUCCUCCAGAAGAGCUGUCCUGCAGAGUAUAGUGAGCUGAAAGAAGAAGAGCUCGUUGUGUGGGUUGAUCCUCUGGAUGGCACCAAGGAAUUUACUGAAGGGCUCCUCGAUAACGUGACAGUGCUCAUUGGCAUUGCACACAGAGGCAGAGCUAUCGCAGGCGUCAUCAACCAGCCGUUCUACAACUACCAGCUUGGAGCCGGAGCCACUUUAGGCCGGACGAUGUGGGGGAUGCCGGGUUUGGGCGCCUUCGGCUUCCAGCUGAAGGAAGUUCCCGACGGGAGGCGAAUUGUCGCCACCACCCGUUCCCAUAGCAACAAGCUGGUGACGGACUGCGUGAACGCCAUGGAGCCUCAUGAGGUCAUACGAGUGGGCGGAGCUGGGAACAAGAUAAUCCAGCUGGUGGAGGGGAAAGCUUCUGCUUAUGUCUUUGCGAGUCCGGGGUGCAAGAAGUGGGACACCUGCGCUCCUGAAGCUGUCCUGGUUGCAGUCGGAGGCCGACUGACCGACAUGCACGGCAACGCCUAUCGCUACGACGCCGACGUGAAGCACAUGAACUCGGCCGGGGUCCUCGCCACGCUACGCAACCACGAGUACUACGUCAGCAGAGUGCCACAGUCCGUGCUGCAGGGCCUCAAGUCAGACUGAGGUCUGUACUCACGUCUCCCAACACCAGAUCGGUUUCUGGACAUGUGUGUGUGAACUGUAUUUUUAUACACCAUAAAAUGUUUUUAAUGUGUCAUUUCGGUCAUUUGUAAAUGGAGGUUGUUUAUUCUUGUGCCUGAGACUGAACUUCUUGUAUUGUAUCUGGAGAGAGUCAGUUACAGUUUUACCGUUUUUACACACCUGGGGGGUAGAUAAACACAACCCCUCCCCUUCAGCCAACGUCAGAAGCAACCGUCACAAACCUUCAGCUAUUACCAGAAAGAACUCGUUACUCCUUUUAUUUCAGGGCCACGGUUUCAAGAUGGCUGAACCAUUAACGUAAUAACGUACACUACACUACAACCUACACACUACAGGAGUUUUCUUGACCAUCUGUCUGUCGUUAGCGUUACUGUCCCUCUCCUUCUAAUAUUAGUUUCCUAUUUUUACCCCAUGAUGAUGAGAGCCCCGACAGGUAACACCUGAACCUUUACCACCUUAAGGGACCCAGAAGAAGCAGGAAGCAGACUCCACACACUCUUUCCGUUUAUUCCACAUGUCUGAAACAAACUCGUACAAAUCUCAGGACGUCUGAACGUCCUGUUUCCAGCUUGUAGACCGACAGAUUUACAAGGCAAAAGGCAAAAAUGUUUGAAAUCAAGUCACAACAGCUUAAAUGUUGGGUACUGAGUUGGGACUUAUUUACUGUACUUCAGUCAAUAACCACUACGUGUAAUAAAAAGUAAUGAUGCCAACAACAGACAAAAA